AUGAUUCUUCUUGGUGCAUUCACCACAAUUCUUCUAUUUAUUCGAGUUAGCGCGAAGGAGCUCGGUUGCGAAGAUGCGGACCCAAAAUGUUCAGAAUGGGCCACUGAAGGUGAAUGCACCUCGAACGCUGUGUGGAUGAUGGCCAAUUGCCGGAAGUCAUGCCAUUCAUGCCAAGGUGGUGACAAAGCGUGGAAAUUACGUACCCAUAUACAAUCCAACUAUCAUAACGCGACUGACAACGCCACCAAGAUCGUACGAGUGGAAAGUGUUCGCAUUACCAACGUCGAGAUCGAUGAGAGGAAACAGAACGUGAAGGUUUUCGGCAGAUUUGUUCUCAGCUGGAACGACACAAAUAUUGCAUGGGACAAAAAUCAAUGGGGAUUGAGUUGGCUUAACUUUUACUGGAUUCAGAUCUGGACACCACAAAUUGUGCAGUUAAAUGGAGCAUCCACAUCAAACCCUGGUCAGGUCUCAAGCAAAGUGCUAGCGGCGAAUUAUACCGGACAAGUUUAUCUUUGGGCCGACUUUUCCUUCUCAACCCCCUUCAAAUUUCAAUACGAGGAUUAUCCGAACGACUUGCAAAAGGUCUGCUUCAAAUUUGACGACAAACGACUUCUUGCCGUUCACUUCACCGUUUCGGAUGGAGUGAAGAACAAGGAACGAGAGGCGACCACUGAUCCGUUUGUUUCUGGAUGGAAAAUUGUAGAUGUUGACGUCAAUGAAUCGCCACUGUCCGUUGAGGCGCUGUCCGAUCCAAGAAGGAAUCCGUUCGACGUUCAAUCAGACAACUGUGAGCUAUGCUUGUCGCUGCAGAGAAAUGCCGUCUACUUCACCGCUGAAAUGCUUCUACCUGCUUUAAUUACGUCUUUAUUCACCAUCUCAGCAGUAUUUUUCCAGCUAUCCAAAACACAACCGGUACUGCUCGGCUUUUCGGUCGUUUCACAAAUUCUUGCGCUAAUUCUAGUUUCACAACGACUUCCCAGCUUUACCGCUCAUACACCGACCAUAUUGAAAUAUGCCGGCUUCAACUUGGUAAUGACAGCUUCACUUUUCGUGAUUUCACUGAUUCUGGAACGAUUGGCCACCACACCAACGGAUAUCCCUCCUCCUCAUGUUGUGGAUCGAUUUGUACAGAUAGUUGAUAGGAUUCUACCGUUGCCUAAGAAGACAAAACACGAGGAUGAAUCGUUGAAAUAUGCUGCAGUUGCUCACGCAGCGAAUCACACAAUUUUCUCACUCUCCUCGAUCGUGUAUUUUUUCGUUAUUCUCGACUCCUUUGUGUUUUAA